GGACCUGCAAAGCUGCGUUCUACUUCGUCAAUUAACCUCUUUAACCUUAGUUCUUGCACCUGUCUUCGUCUAAAAUCUUCUUAUAGCGAUUUGAGUUAAUGUUUUAAUGUAGAUUGGUUCAGAAACAUAAAAACGAAGACAAACUUUUUGGACCAUUUCCUAGGCAACGGACGCCAUAUUGUAAACAGUUGUGACGGGCACCUGCCAGUGCAUGUUGAUGUGUAUACAUUUUUGUUGAUUUCGGCUAUUUCUGAUCAGUUUAAAUUCCUCAAAAUGUCUGAUCAAGAGGAAGAAACCUUCGAAGGUGGUGAGGAAGAGGAAGUAGGUGACGAGGGAGGUGCAGAGGAAGAGGACGCACAGGCUGAAGAGGAGGAAAAUCCUGAGGAGGGAGAUGAGGAAGAAAAAGAGGAAAAAGAAGAGGGAGAAGAGGAGGAAGAGGAGAAAAUUCCAGAGAUUCUUCUGUCAAUGGAGAUGAUCAGAGACUGCAUUUCACUUCUGUGUAAGAUUGGAGAUGGUUUAGCCCACGCCUAUGUCAAACUUGAUGUGAAAGAUAGGGAAAUCACUGAUAUCAAAAUCUUGACCCAAUUUAUUCACCUCCGCUACAUUGAGCUAACACGGAACAAUCUCAAAGACAUCAGUUCUCUGAACUGUUUGACGCAUCUGUUGACCCUCAAAGCCGACCAGAAUAUGCUGACGAGCGCCAAACUCGACGAGUUGCCAUAUCUACAGUCGGCAAGUUUCAAUCACAACCGAAUUACAUCGACGGAAGGGGUUAAUCAUCCGUUAUUAGAGCAGCUUAGUAUAUCUUUCAAUGACAUCCAUGAGGUUUCCGGCUUGGAUCCCGUCCUAUUAAGUCGUCUCCACACCCUAGAACUGCGAGGAAACAAAUUGGAAUCAACAGCAGGAAUCACUUUACCAAAUCUUAGAAACUUAUUCUUGGGACAAAAUACCAUCAAAAAAAUUGAAGGUUUGCACGGUCUUGAACAUUUGACAACCCUCCAUCUCCGUGACAACCAGUUGGAAAAUCUUGACGGUUUUACAGACGAGUUGAAAAAUUUACAGUACAUUAACCUGAGGGGAAAUAACUUGACCGAUAUGAAGGAGACCAAGAAACUGCAGCCACUUCCCAAACUGCGGGCGUUGGUCCUAGCGGACAACCCCAUCGCCGAUGAGGAUGACUACAGGAUGGAGACGCUGAUUGCGUUAAGGAAGCUGGAGCGACUCGACAAGGAUGAGUACAAUGAUGAUGAGAGACAGGAGGCAGAGGAGAUUUACGAGCAGAGGAGGGCAGAGGAGUUAGCAGCAGAGGCACAGGAAGAGAUAGCAUCAGACACGGAAGAAAUUGUGGAGUGAUUAACGUAUUAACUACCUCUGGAUUAUUCACAGUACUAUACAGUGUGGUUCAAAAUGAGGACUUUUUCCCCAAGAAAGCACUGGCAGGAGUCAGAAAAAAUCUGAAAGCCAGCAAACUUCAUCACAAUUGAAUAACCUGAAAGUCCAUUCAGGCAGACUAAGACUGGCAAUUACAUAGUU